GAGUGUUUGUUGUUUUGAAAUCGUUUAGCUUGGUUGGUGUCGCACGCAGUGUUUCCCGCAAAAGAAGUUUUUAUUUUAAUUUUCCCCGUAAAACCAGUUGAAAACUAAACCUUUUUCCACCAUGGAGAAGCCGCAGAAGAUGCCGAAGGUGGCAAAGGUCAAAAACAAAGCCCCGGCCGAGAUCCAGAUUACGGCCGAGCAGCUGCUGCGGGAGGCCAAGGAGCGCGAUUUGGAGAUUUUGCCACCGCCGCCCAAGCAGAAGAUCUCCGAUGCCGCCGAGUUGGCCGACUACCAGCAGCGUAAGCGCAAAACGUUCGAGGACAACCUGCGCAAGAACCGGAUGGUCGUGAGCAACUGGAUCAAGUACGCGCAAUGGGAGGAAUCGCAGAAGGAGAUCCAGCGAGCGCGGUCGAUCUGGGAGCGCGCGAUCGACAAUGACCAUCGGAAUAUUACGAUAUGGUUGAAGUACGCGGAGAUGGAGAUGAAGCACCGGCAGGUGAAUCACGCGAGGAAUCUGUGGGAUCGGGCGGUUACGGUGAUGCCCCGGGUGAACCAGUACUGGUACAAGUACACGUACAUGGAGGAGAUGCUGGAGAACGUGGCGGGGGCGCGGCAGGUGUUUGAGCGGUGGAUGGAGUGGCAACCGGAGGAGCAGGCCUGGCAGACUUAUAUCAACUUUGAGCUGCGGUACAAGGAGAUUGACCGGGCGAGGCAGAUUUACGAGCGGUUCGUGAUGGUGCAUCCGGAGAUUAAAAAUUGGAUCAAGUUUGCGCGGUUUGAGGAGUCUCAUGGGUUUAUAAAUGGGUCCCGGUCAGUUUAUGAAAGGGCGAUUGAGUUUUUCGGGGAUGAUAACUCGGACGAGCGGCUGUUUAUUGCGUUUGCCAAGUUUGAAGAGGGUCAGAAGGAGCAUGACCGCGUGCGGGUUAUCUAUAAGUAUGCGCUGGAUCAUUUGCCGAAGGAUCGGACCGGUGAGCUGUACAAGGCUUAUACGAUUCACGAGAAAAAGUAUGGCGAUCGGUCCGGGAUUGAGGACGUGAUUGUUUCCAAGCGGAAGUUCCAGUACGAGCAGGAAGUGGCGGAGAAUCCCACGAAUUACGAUGCCUGGUUCGACUACUUGCGGCUGGUUGAGAACGAGUCCAAUCAGGAGCUUAUUCGAGAGACUUACGAGCGGGCGAUUGCGAAUGUUCCGCCGGCGAAGGAUAAGAAUCUCUGGCGGAGGUACAUUUACUUGUGGAUCAACUAUGCUUUGUAUGAGGAGCUGGAGACGGAGGAUUUGGAGAGGACGAGACAGAUUUACAAGACCUGUUUGGAGUUGAUUCCGCACAAAGUUUUUACGUUUAGCAAAAUUUGGUUACUCUACGCUCAGUUUGAAAUUCGCUGCAAAAAUUUGCAGGUUGCUCGCAAGGCUCUUGGAAUGGCCAUUGGUAUGUCCCCACGGGAUAAACUGUUCCGUGGAUACAUCGACUUGGAGAUCCAGCUGCGUGAAUUUGAUCGGUGCCGCAUUUUGUACGAAAAAUUCCUCGAGUUUGGUCCGGAGAACUGCAUAACUUGGAUGAAAUUUGCCGAACUGGAAACGCUGCUAGGAGACACGGAUCGUGCCCGGGCGAUCUACGAACUGGCCAUCCAGCAACCUCGGCUGGACAUGCCCGAAUUGCUGUGGAAAAGCUACAUCGAUUUCGAAGUCCAGCAGGGAGAAUUCGAGCUGGCCCGACAGUUGUACGAAAGGCUGCUGGAACGAACGACCCACGUCAAGGUUUGGAUUUCCUUUGCCAAGUUUGAAAUGGCCGCGGAGAACGAAGACAGCAUGAACAACGCCCAGCUGGCACGCCGAGUCUACGAACGAGCAAACGACUCCAUGAAGAACGCCGCUGAAAAGGAAUCACGCGUCCUAAUCUUGGAAUCUUGGCGCGACUUUGAAAAGGACAACGGAGACGAGGAAAACCUCAAGAAGGUGCUCGCCAAGAUGCCCCGCAAGGUCAAGAAGCGCCAGAAGAUCAUCUCCGAGAGUGGCGUCGAGGAGGGCUGGGAAGAAGUGUUUGACUUUAUCUUCCCCGAGGACGAGAUGGCUCGGCCGAACCUGAAACUGCUCGCCGCCGCCAAGAACUGGAAGAAAAAGAUGGAAACGGUUCCGGCGGCGACCGUCGAAGCGCCCGCACAACCGGAACCUGCUGCUGCUGCUGCUACAGAGGAGGAGGAGCAGGAUGCAGAAAACGAACCGACGGAGAGCUGAACACGAUUUGAUUUU